AUGCUGACAUGGCAGCGAACCUUCGCCACCUCUGUCGCCAGGUUCAGCGAUAGCCAUAUACCAGUUGCUCGUUCCGCAGCUCUGCGAUGCGCACAUAUCCUUCAAGUCAGUAAGGCCGAUGGGCCCUGCAGCUUGGAGGACAAAGAGAUCAAGGUUAAUGGGUUCAUUCGUUCUGUUCGAAAGCAGAAGCGCUUUGCUUUUGCCGAAAUCUCAGACGGCUCUACGCUAGAGCCCUUACAAGCGAUCUUGAAACCAGCACAAGCAGCUGAUCUCUCUACAGGAACUGCUGUUGAAAUCUCAGGCAUAUGGAAAGCCUGUCCGCCUGGCAAGGAACAGACACAUGAGCUACAAACCACUGAUGUGACUGUUGUCGGGGCGGCGGAUCCGGAGACAUUUCCGAUCCAAAAGAAAUACCACAGCCCCGACUUUUUGCGGCAGAUUCCGCAUCUACGCAUCCGAACACCCUUCCAUUCCCUCAUGUCGCGUUUCCGCUCCGAGUGCCUCUUUCAGCUGGGCAAUGUUUUUCAUGCCUACCCCAACGGCGGUUUCACGCAAGUGCAACCACCAAUCAUCACAUCAUCUGACUGCGAGGGCGCAGGCGAAACGUUCACUUUGCUUCCGCGCGGGGCUUCAGGAUCAUCUAACACCGAGGCCGACCAUUUCUUCCGAACUCCUAAAUAUCUCACGGUUUCGUCGCAGCUCCAUCUUGAGGCAUACGCCGCUGAACUCGGCAACGUGUGGACGCUGACACCUGUUUUUCGGGCGGAGAAAAGUGAUACCCCUCGCCAUCUGAGCGAGUUUUAUAUGCUUGAAGCGGAGGCGAACUUCAUGUAUGAUUUGGACUCGCUCACGGACCUUGUAGAGAAUCUACUCCGAGACCUCACACGUCGGCUCUAUAAUACCCCGGUUGGCCAGGAGAUUCUGUCUGCGAAGCGAACUGGCGACUCUGGGCAUGAGAGCACCUCGGACGACUCUAAGUCUGCUCUUCGACAAAGGUGGGCCUCCUUGACGGAUGGUCCUAAAUGGCAUCGCAUUACAUACACCAAGGCAGUAGAAAUGCUCCAGCAUGCGGUCAUAGAAGAUGGCGCAACAUUCGAGCAUCCUCCCACAUGGGAUGGAGGCCUACAAACUGAGCACGAGAAGUAUAUUGUGGAGGUUUUGCACCAAGGCAGUCCGGUAUUCGUUACUGAUUACCCCAAGGCGAUUAAGCCUUUCUAUAUGGCCCCGUCGCAGACACUCGAUGGAGAACAUGAGCAUAGUCCACCCGGAGAGACGUUAGCGAAGUCGCAGGAGGCUCCUUGCGUGAGCAUCGCUUGCCCAACAUCAUCCAGAAUAUGCGUGACUACGACUCUGAUGCCCCUGCCCCCCACUGAACCUUCAUACCCUCACCUCUCUCCGACCGAGGAUCUUGGCCAUCUGCAAUGGUACGCCGACCUUCGGCGUUGGGGCUCUGCUCCGCACGGAGGCUUUGGACUUGGGUUUGACCGAUUCCUGGGAUAUUUGGCUGGCGUGUCCAGCGUUCGGGAUGUCGUGUCAUUUCCACGGUAUUUUGGACGAGCUGAUUGUUAG